AUGAAUGGAUCUUCGAUGAUUGCUAAAAAAUUUUAUCUUAUCGGUGGACUAUGUCUGAUUUGGGGAAUAUUCGGUGUCGAGAGAACGAUUUAUUGGUUAUUUCUAUUCCUAACAAUCGUUUUUGGUUUCAUUCUGCAUUUGAUUAUUCACAAACAAACAUGGGCGAAAUCCAAUUCACUCUAUGAACAUAUUAGAAUAUCAUUUGUCAAAGCAAAACUACUUACACACAUUACUGAUAUCGAAUUCGAUUCAUUAUCACGUUCCAAACCAUCGAAGACAUUAAAUGAUCGUGCAUCAUUAACAGGAGUAUCUGAUAUUGAUGAGCCACUCUAUGAAUUAAUCGAUUUGUUUGUUCGUGAUUAUGUUGAAAUUUGGUACAAAACUCAAUUAAGUUCAGAUGAACUAUUCGUUGAAGAUGUCAAAAAUGGCAUUUACACGGCGAUUCGUCAUCUAUCUGAAAGAUUGCGUGAAAUCGAUUGGUUAGAGUUUUGUACGGGAACAAUCGUCGAUAGUUUUGCUACGCAUGUUCGACUGUAUCGAAAAGCUAAAGAACGUAUGCGUUUGGAACAAUCGACAGACAUUCGUUCGUGCUUCUUUGAUUUGGAAGCAGAAUACGAACGAGGAAUUUGUCGCGAUGAUGUCUGUAUGGAUAAAGACAAAGAAAAAGAGUUUCUUCGAGAUAUCGUCGAAGUUCUUUUGUAUAUACUUCUUCCGGCGAAUGAAUUCCGUUGUGUACCAGCUCGAAUUCUCAUUCGAGAAAUUGCAGUCAAUCUAGGUUUAAUACCAUUCAUUGAUAUGUAUGCUGAUCCUGACGCCGUCAAUCAAUUGAUUAUCAAAAUGUGUCAACAAAUUCCAUUAACCAUCGACAAUUUCCUUCUAGUCGUUCGAACGACUGACUCCAGAAUGGAAUUAAGUACACUAUUAGAAAGACUUGAUAUUGAGACAAGCCGGUGGAGAUCGAAAGACACCGGAGGAGAAAACGAUGCCGACGUGCGAGCUGUACUAAAUAGUUAUCAAUAUCUGAAAAAAUUACUCAACGAACGAUUGGAAGAUCAACUUCGAUUGGAACCUAUGAUAUUUGAUGAUGAUGAUUCGGUAUCAAAAGUAUCUUAUCGAGAAUUGCCAUUGACAGAAAUUCUAAACAAUUGCAAUGGCUUAGACUAUUUUUUAAAAUUUCUGCAAUCGAUCGAUGCUGUUGGGUAUGGAAGUUUUUACUUGAAUGCAGAAGCAUUCCGAUGUGCUGGGAUAACAGCAGUUCAACAGAAUGGAAAUAUGACUGAAGAACAACAUCAAUCAAAUCAGGCAAUCUUACGAAAUAUGGCAACUGAUCUUAUCGAACAAUAUUUUCUUCCGACUGGUACAUUCAAAUUACCUAUGGAUGAAAAUCUCAUUCAAAAAACACUGAAAGCUCUACAAGCACAAACAAUCGAUGAAACACUACUGGAUGAACUACAAACAAAAGUUUUCGAAAUUCUCUCAUCUGAUAAAUACUAUGGUCAGUUCAAAACGACAUCACAAUAUUUGAAAGUUUUAAGCGAAAUUGAUUUCACCGACUCACUUGCUGAUAAUUCCGAUGCUCUGUCAUUAUCGAGUAAUAAUAGUAAUGAAAUCUUGAAUGACAUCAAUGAACCUCACCAAUCAAGUCCAGGAAGUAGUUCGAGUAGUGCAUCAGCAUACGUACCUGAUCUGCUUGAUAAUGUUGACAACUAUGUAAUCACUACUGAAAUCAAUGAUUCCGGUAUAUGUUGUGAAAAGGGUGAAAAAUAUGCAAUCUAUGUGAUAUCUGUGUCUUGUAAAUCAUUAAAUCCGAUGAUGGAUGAUCAAAAACGUGAAUGGAUAACAUAUCGUCGUUACAGUGAAUUCAAUGAUCUCCAUAUGACAAUUAAAAAACGUUAUCCCGCUCUGCGUGAGUUUAUUCAGUUACCUAAUAAGAGCUUUAUGAACAAUACCAGUCAAGAAAUACGAUUGAAACGGCAAAAAGAAUUGAAUGAUUAUUUAGCUACAUUAACCAAACCGAAGGUUCUACACAAUAAUCCAGGCCUUGGCGAACUCUUGCUCAAAUUCUUGCGAAAUCAGCAAUGGAAGCACGAACAAACUGAAUUAUCUCGAAAGGAUUUUUUCACAUCAACGAUGGACACAUUGGUCAAUCCAUUCAAACAAGCAUCGAUCGGCAUCGUGAAAGGUGUUUCCAAAAUCGGAGGUGGUCUAACUAUCGUUUCGGAUAGUGUCGUAGAAAAUGCGAGCAAGAUCUUUCGAACAAAUGGAAAUAAUUCCAAUCGAAUAAAUAUUAAUUUGAACAAAGAUUCUCAAACAUUUUCCAUCGUUGAAGAAACUCAAGCAGAGAACGCAAAAAACAUUCCGCUUCGUGUAUUAUUGGUGAUUAUGGAUGAAGUGUUCGAUCUUAAACAGAAAAAUAUGUGGUUUCGCUCGAGAUUUGUGGCGAUUUUAAAACGAUUUUUACGAGCGUUUAUGGGUGAUUCAGUCAAUCGACGUAUAGCAACUUUUGUUCAACAUUGGACAUCGGCCAAGAAAAUUGCAAAGGAAAUCUCUCGAUUCAUAGAAGGAUAUUGGCCGAAUGGUAUUCUAGCUGAUAAACCACCUAAACGUGAUGACAGUGUUCGACAUGUAACACAAGUAUUAUGUAAAGCCAAAUUGCUUGGUAUUGUUUCAGACGAACUUCGGCACAUUAUUGGCAGCGAAACAACACGUCGUGGUUUAUUGCGUUUGUUUGAAUUACUACAAAAUGAAACGUUCAAUCGUCGAUUCGUUUAUAUCGUGAUCGAAGCUCUGUUGAUCAAAUUAUUUCGACCGAAUGAUUUACAUUUGAUCUUCGAAAAACUUUACUCUCAAUCCGAACGUGUUAAAGAAGAAUACCGACGACGAAUCUUCGAACAAGAACAUUCUCACAAUGGUAUCAUCAUCACUCCAACACAUUAUGGCGAAACUGGUCAACGACCUUACUACUUCAGUCGUCUAUCAGUUCGAACCGAUGAUAAUAUUGGUUUACACAGAUCCAAUAGUGUAUAUCAACAACAGCAACAACAAAAGACACUUCCUCGAAGUUUUUCGAAAAUAUCGCGCUAA